AUGGCCAAGUCAAAAGCUGCCAAGCGCAAGCGCAACGCCCAAGCCGAUCUCCCGCAAAAGGUCCCCAAGGCUGCAUCCACGGUCCUCACUCCCCCUCCCGAUGGCGCCAGUCGAGAGCCGAAAAACCUCAGCACCGUCGUCCCCGACGAGGACCUCGAAAUCACCGUUGAGACGCUCACGACCUUGACUCAGUACCCCAGUCUGACCAAGUCGAAAGCAUGCAAGGAUCUCCGGGUGGCGGUCUACGAGUUCCGUCAAGCCUGUACGACGGGCGUUAACAAUGCCGAGGGCGCGAACCUGACCGCACGAAUCACCGGCGCCCUGGCCGACAAGCGAUACCUGGAAGCAAAGAUCCUGCUUGCCGAGAUGAGAAUCCGGGGUGAACAACCCAAAAUCGGAGCCUUGUGUCGCUGGGUACGAGAUCUCGACGUCGUCAGCGGCCUCUCCACCCAACCCGAAGCCCGCGAGAAGGCCUCCCUUGAGCGCACCCCUCAGGACCUGGAACUCCUCGGCGUUUUGGAUGCCAUCCUACGUGUCAGCACUCCCAUCGACCUCAGAUCGAAUGCAGUCGACUCUACCGAUCCCAUCGCCUUCCAGUCCAUCUGGGACCUCCGUCCCCAGACCACACCCCUUCAAGUAUAUGCCUCCGUCCUCGAUAAAUCGAUCUUGAACGAAGCUCCGAAAGACCCCGCUGCCAUUCGUAUUAUCGAAACGACGCCUGGCCCCCUCCGCAAACCUCCGAACCAUCACCCCGCUAUUCUCUAUACUACACUUCCCAACGCCGUCCCGCUGGACCCCGUUAGCCCAUCGAUCACAUACCAUCCCCACCCCGCAGUCCCAGGCCUCGGACUGGCCUUGAACGUUCUCACCCCGUCAGAAUGCAAAGCCAUUAUCGCCGCCGGCGAAUCCGUGAACUUCCUGCCCGACGUCCCCAUGCGCGAAGACGGCGACAUGAGCAUCCUCGCCCACAACUUCUACUGGGUGAUUGACACCACAUUCCACGACAUGCUCUGGGCACGUAUAUCCAAGUACGUCCCGCAAUCUAUCAACGGUCGUCUCGUUCGCGGUAUCAACCGUCGUUUCCGGGUAUACCGAUACGUCCCUGGUGCCGAGUACCGGUGUCACAUUGACGGCGCUUGGCCGCCGUCGGGUAUCCUUCCCGAUGAUACAUAUGUGUAUGAUGCCUCGCCGGAGGAUAAGAAGCAGAGCUCCAUGUAUACCUUCCUCCUCUAUCUCAAUGAUGAGUUCGAGGGCGGUGAGACAACUUUUUUCAUGCCGGCCGCGAGGGAAGGGACGCUAAAUGCAUACCCCGUGCGCCCUGUCAUGGGAGCCGUUGCCAUUUUCCCACACGGAGAGGCGAACGGGGCAUUAUUGCAUGAGGGCACGGGAGUGAGGAAGGGAGCGAAGUAUAUCAUUCGGACGGAUGUGGAGUAUGACGUUAAGCCUAGCGAGGAGUAA